AUGGAGCGCAGCGGGAACGAGUACGAGGCCCCGCGCGAGGAGCGCGAGAUGGAGUUCGCCGCGCGGAAGGACACUCAGGAAGAUCGCGUCAACGACGGGAAGCGCUACAGCGGCCUCCUCACGAAGGAGGACUACGACGCGCGGAAGCGCGGGUUCGCGGAGCGAAUCCGCGCGGAGCGCGACCCGGAGGCGUACGCGAAGGAGAAGCUCGACGCCGCGGUCGCGAGGGAGGUGGCGAUCGAGCGCGCGGCGGCGGACGCGCGGCGGGAGCGCGAGCGCAUUAGGCGAGAGAAGCUUCGCGCCGAGCUCGAGGUGCGUUCUAUACACUGGUUCCCAUACGACCGCGUUCGCGUGGUGGACGCCGAUCCUUAA